GCUUCACCUCUCAGCAUGCAGCCUCUCUCUCUCUGACACACUGCGUGAUCAAGCUCAUUAACUUCAUCUGUCUCUGCGCGAGCCGCACACACACACACACACUCACACACACACACACACACACACACACACACACACACAAACGCGCGCGCGCUUUCUCCUAUAGGACGCACUUUCCUCUCCAUCAGGACCUGGAUCAUCCCACCCUAGGACCCCUAGACCGGCUCUGUCACCGGGGGGAACUUGGAUGCGACCCUCAGACUCCCCAUCAGCCUGGACUCGGGUGGUGUGAUGAGCGCGAGAGCCUUCCGUGUUUCCUGUGACGCAGGACAGCCGCGCCGCACCGCACCGCACCGCACCGCGCACUUCGGAGAGCUGCGAGAAGCGGAGAAAAAGAAAAGAAGCGCGUCCGUGACUUCGGUCCUCUGUAACAUCCCGACCCUGAUGUGAAGAUGUCUCUGCCGUGCAGCGACCAGUCUGGCGCACUGCUCUGAGAGCGACCAGUGCGGUCUGUGCGAGGAGAGGAACCCGGGAUCCGGAGCAUCACCCCCCCGGCUGGGCGGCGGGCGGAGUCGAACCGACACCUGCAGGUGAAUCCGGAGCGUCAGUUAAAACCUGCAGUUCAGAGGAAUUUACCGCUUCUCAUUCCGGAUCGUGAUCUCCAACUAGCGGGGACAGAAAAAAAAGUGGAUUUUAAAUACAUUUGUAUUUUUUUUAAUCUAUUUUUUGGUUGAUGGGUGCUGAUGCGGAGCCCGAUCGAGUUCCGGGCGGAGGAAUUCAGAGGGAAAUGUUUGUGUGAUGUGACAAACAGCUGGAGACAGAAAACAUUUCUCUGACCUGUGACACCGAGGGAGGAAACACCUGCUUCUUCUGCAGAGAGGAAACAAAAAAGGUUUCAGGAAGAAUGUGAAACUGGAGCCGCUGAGACCGCCAAGCUCCGUCUCCUCGUCUGCAGACCGCCAUGUCCGACACAGGAACCUGUACCGCAGGACAACUCCCGGGUCAGUGUUCGUAGGUGGGACCGCCCGCCGUGGUUGACCCUGCCCUGGGGUGACGGGGGGACCCCCAUGGUCUGGCUUGUCCCGUUCUUCCACACCACUCCAGCAACCGGCGCCACCUACCUGCUGAUUGUGCGAUCACACCACCGCUCCCUCUCCCCGCAGCUCGACUCACAGGACAAUGGCGAGGGGCCUGAAGCCCCCGGGUGUCACGGGCCACUGCGUCCUCUCCCUGCUGAUGCUGAAGAGCUGCUGGCUGCUCGGCUCAGCCGCCGCUGCCGCCCAGAAGCCCGGCGUGCUGGCUGACUCCCAGCAGACCCUGCCGGACUUCGGCCACUCCAUCCGCCUGGAUGGUGAUGUCAUCCUGGGCGGCUUGUUCCCUGUGCACGCUCGCGGCGAGAGGGGCGUCCCCUGCGGCGAGCUGAAGAAAGAGAAGGGCAUCCACCGGCUGGAGGCCAUGCUGUUUGCCAUCGACCUCAUCAACAAGGACCCGGAGCUGCUGCCCAACAUGACGCUCGGCGCGCGCAUCCUGGACACGUGUUCGCGCGACACCUACGCCCUGGAGCAGUCGCUCACCUUUGUGCAGGCGCUCAUCGAGAGGGACGGCUCCGACGUCCGCUGCGCCAACGGAGACCCGCCCAUCUUCGCCAAGCCGGAUAAAGUGGUGGGCGUCAUCGGGGCGUCGGCCAGCUCCGUGUCGAUCAUGGUGGCCAAUAUCCUGCGACUGUUCAAGAUCCCUCAGAUCAGCUACGCCUCGACGGCCCCGGAGCUCAGCGACAACACCCGCUACGACUUCUUCUCCCGUGUGGUUCCUCCGGACUCCUACCAGGCCCAGGCCAUGCUGGACAUCGUCACAGCGAUGGGCUGGAACUACGUGUCGACGCUCGCCUCCGAGGGGAACUACGGCGAGAGCGGCGUCGAGGCCUUCGUCCAGAUCUCCAGAGACUCAGGUGGGGUUUGCAUCGCUCAGUCUCUGAAGGUCCUUCGGGAGCCGAGACCCGGCGAGUUCGACAAGAUCGUCCUGCGUCUGCUGGAGACGCCCAACGCCCGCGCCGUCAUCAUGUUCGCAAACGAGGACGACAUCCGGCGAAUCCUGGACGCGGCGAAACGCAACAACUUGACGGGUCACUUCCUGUGGGUGGGCUCCGACAGCUGGGGGUCCAAGAUCUCUCCGGUGGUCCAGCAGGAGCGGGUGGCCGAGGGCGCCGUCACCAUCCUCCCCAAGAGGGCGUCGGUGGACGCGUUCGACCGCUACUUCAAGAGCCGCUCGCUCUCCAACAACCGCAGGAACGUCUGGUUCGCUGAGUUCUGGGAGGAGAACUUCGUCUGCAAGCUGGGGAUGCACGGCAAGAGACCCGGCAGCCCCAAGAAGUGUACAGGGUUGGAGAAAGUCGGCCGUGACUCCACCUACGAGCAGGAAGGGAAGGUUCAGUUUGUGAUGGACGCCGUGUACGCCAUGGCCCACGCUCUGCACCACAUGCACCGCGAGCUCUGCGCCGGAUACCCGGGCCUCUGCCCCCGCAUGGCCAACAUCGAUGGCAAGGAGCUGCUGGCCCACAUCCGCGCCGUCGGCUUCAACGGAAGUGCAGGGACUCCCGUCACCUUCAACGAGAAUGGCGACGCUCCCGGACGCUACGACAUCUUCCAGUAUCAGAUCAACAACAGGUCGACGGCAGAGUACAAGGUCAUCGGACACUGGACCAAUCAGCUGCAUCUAGAUAUGGAGACCCUGCAGUGGACCACCGGCGUCUCCUCACUGCCGGCCUCGGUGUGCAGCCUGCCCUGCCGGAUCGGCGAGAGGAAGAAGGUGGUGAAGGGCGUCCCGUGCUGCUGGCACUGCGAGCGCUGCGAGGGAUACCACAUCCAGGCCAGCGAGUUCACCUGCGAGCUCUGCCCCUACGAGAAGAGACCCGACCAGAACCACACCAGCUGCCAGGCCAUCCCCAUCAUCAAGCUGGAGUGGCACUCGCCGUGGGCGCUGUUGCCCGUCUUUAUCUCCGUCCUGGGAAUCAUCGCCACCACCUUUGUCAUUGUCACCUUCAUGCGCUACAACGACACCCCCAUCGUUCGUGCCUCAGGGCGGGAAAUGAGCUACGUGCUGCUGACGGGCAUCUUCCUGUGUUACGUCAUCACCUUCCCCAUGAUCGCAGCACCCGACGUGGUCGUCUGCUCCUUCCGCCGAAUAUUCCUGGGCCUCGGCAUGUGCUUCAGCUACGCCGCACUGCUCACCAAGACCAACCGCAUCCACCGUAUCUUCGAGCAGGGAAAGACGGCGGUGACGGCACCGCGCUUCAUCUCACCAGCCUCCCAGCUGGUCAUCACCUUCUCGCUCAUCUCGGUCCAGCUGCUGGGUGUCCUCAUGUGGUUCGCCGCCGACCCGCCCCACACCUUUGUGGACUACGGCGAGCAGCGCACGCAGGAUCCCGGGAACGCUCGCGGCGUCCUCAAGUGUGACAUCUCCGACCUGUCGCUCAUCUGCUCGCUGGGAUACAGCAUCCUCUUGAUGGUCACAUGCACUGUUUAUGCCAUCAAGACACGUGGCGUGCCAGAGACCUUCAACGAGGCCAAACCCAUUGGAUUUACUAUGUACACGACCUGCAUCAUCUGGCUCGCCUUCAUCCCCAUCUUCUUCGGUACGGCGCAGUCGGCGGAGCGGAUGUACAUCCAGACGGCCACGCUGACCGUGUCCCUCAGCCUCAGCGCCUCUGUCUCUCUGGGCAUGCUCUACAUGCCGAAGGUCUACAUCAUCAUCUUACACCCCGAGCAGAACGUCCCCAAACGCAAGCGCAGCUUCAAGGCCAUCGUCACCGUCGCCACCAUGACCAGCAAGCUGUCGCAUCUGGCGGCCGAGCGGCCCAACGGCGAGGUGAAGACGGAGCUGUGCGAGGGUGUGGAGGCCAGCGUGCCGCCAACAAAAACCACCUACGUCAGCUACACCAACCACGCCAUGUGAAGAAACGACUCCUUCCACACGAGGACGUCCAGAGACAUUUAAAGGAGCAGAUUUCUGUCAGACGUCCCCACAAGGUGCUCUGAACAAUCUGAAGGAUCUGAACAAACUGAACCAACGCAUCUGUGGUGUUUUUAUGUUUACAGACAGCAGGGAACGGGCCUGAACGGCGCCGGAAACCUGAAAGGAUCACAGCUGAAAAAUCAGAGCGUCCGCGAGAGAGCAGGAGAAUGGUAACCUGAAAGAUGAAUAUUAAAAAAAGAUUAAAAUAUGUCGAAAAAAAUGUAAUUUUGGGGACCAACCUUAUUUGUUGUUGUUCUAAUUGUGCGUUUGAAAAAAAAACAAACAAAAAAAAAACUCGUGGUCGUGAAAAUUUCUGAAUCUUGUCUCAUGUCGUCCGUCCGUCGACCUGCAUUAUGAGACGAGUCUGUCGCUGUUUUCGGCUAACUGAACGGUAGCCUUUGGUUGUGAAAUGUCUAAAUGCCAUGGUUGAAUUGAAGCAUGCCCGUUUUUUUAUACAAAUGAUCUAUUUAUAAUAAAGGAAUGUUUCACAAGUUGCUGCCAUGUUUGGG